AUGACAAAGUCCCUCUGCACGAUGCCCAAUUCCGUACUCACCUCCACCACUGCUGCAACACACUUAUCCGUAUCCUCUGGCCCCGCGUGGCUCAAAGCCAUCUGCAUCAGCUACGACAUGGAUAAAUGGUGCACCAAACUGUGUGCGACUGUUGGAUCACUCGGUAUUCGUGAGGACAAUGGACUCCUCUACAUGGGUGACUGCCUCGUAAUUCUGCGCACACCAGAAAUCCGGGAAGGGAUUUUUUGGCUCGCGCACGAUGCGCUUGGACACUUUGGCUUUGACAAGUCCUAUGCUGCCAUUCGCGAUGCCUACUACUGGCCGAACAUGCAUAAGGAACUUGAACAGAUGUACGUCCCAUCCUGCGAGGACUGCCAGCGGAACAAGUCCUCCACCCGGCGUCCGCCAGGCCCGCUUCAUCCUCUUCCUGUUCCUCAUAAUCGCUGCGACAGCAUAGUCAUCGACUUUAUUGGUCCCCUCCCUGAGGACGAUGGUUUCAACUGUCUUGCAACUGUGACUGACUGUCUUAACUCUGACAUUCGUCUGAUCCCCACUCGCACUGAUGUCUCCGCCGAAGAGUUCGCGUCCCAAUUCUUUGAUCAUUGGUACUGCGAAAAUGGUCUCCCCCUCAACAUUGUCUCCGACCGUGACAAGUUGUUCAUCUCCUCUUUCUGGAAAGCACUACAUCGUCUCACAGGCGUCAAGCUGAAGAUGUCAUCUGCUUACCACCCGCAGACUGACAGUUCAUCUGAAUGCUCCAAUAAGACCGUGAUCCAAGCACUGCGAUACCAUGUCUCAUGCAAUCAACGUGGAUGGGUCCGCGCACUCCCAUGCGUUCAUUUCUGUAUCAUGAAUAUGGUUAAUGAAUCCAUGGGAUUCUCGCCUUUCCAGCUCAAAAUCGGCAGGUCACCUCGCCUCAUUCCGCCACUCUUCGAAUCAUCGUUGGCGGACGAUAAUUCCGCAGAGGCUGAUCGUGCAUCCAUCUUGAUCCGGCAAAUCGAGACCAACGUGCUUGAAGCUAAGGACAAUCUCUUCCUCACAAAGGUGAACCAGGCGGCACUGGCUAAUCGUACUCGAGGGAACGAGAUUAUCUACUCUGUUGGCGACAAAGUCCUACUAUUGACCUUCCAUCGACGGCGAGAUUAUAUGCAAUGCGGUGACCACCGUGUCACCAAAUUUAUGGUUCGAUUUGAUGGUCCGUACUCUGUUUUACAUGCAUACCCUGAAUUUUCUGCAUAUACGCUCGACCUCCCUGAUUCCAUGAAAAUCUUCGCGACCUUCCAUUCCUCUCUUCUCAAACCUUGGCACGAGAACGACGCAAGUCUCUUCCCAUCCCGAUCUCACAGUUAA